GAGGAAUUACCCUCGCCUAAAAACAUCAAACUUUGCACGUCCACUUAUCCCUACGUGUUUGUAUCUUCGUUACCACCAGCGAUAUAGUGGAUGUUCGGUGCGGUGCAUUCCGGCUCUGCUUCCAAGAUCUAAAGAGUAUUUCUCUAUGCAAGUGAGUCUUCUUUUUUAUUUUGGAUCGAACAAACUAGUAGAAAUCAAAUGUUCAGUUUAAUUAGUAAAACAUUUCCUCGUUUGAGAUAUCCUGCUACAUCUCCGCUUACUGUUAUUAUAAAGUUGUAUGGAACGAAAUCCGAAAAAUCCUUAGACCGAGCGAAGAAGAAAGACUCCUUUACGUUUUCUUAUCUAGUAGAUAAAUGUGGGUUUGCUCCAGCUAGGGCUCUCUCAGCUUCAAAUUACAUAAAGUUUGAAACCCCGGAUAGACCUGAAUCUGUGCUUUCAUUCCUGAAAAGUCAAGGAUUCACAGAAACCCAGAUCUUAAAGGUGGUCCAGAGAUGCCCUCCAAUCCUGUUGUGUGAUCCCCAGAACACCCUUUUGCCCAAGAUUGAGUUUUUCAAAUCAUUAGGCUUCACACUGGAGGACUAUACUGCUAUUCUUUGUGGAGGCCCUAUUAUUUUCAAGAGAAGCCUGGAGAAUCAACUCUUCCCUGCUCUAGAUUUCCUCAAAAAGUUUUUUGAGUGUCCAGAGAAAAUAAGAAUUUGCAUGACACGGUGUGAUUGGGUUUUUUCCUCACCAUGUCGGGCAAUGAUAGAAGAUAACAUUGAACUUCUGAGGAGAAUGGAAGUGCCAGAGCCGAAUAUUUUGCAAUAUUUGCAAAACCAGCCCAGGUUGUUCAUCAAGGACAAGAAUGAGUUUAUAGAUAUGGUAGAGGAAAUCAAGGGAAUGGGGUUCGACCCAACGAGUAAAAGAUUUAUGGUUGCAGCUCAUGUGAUCUCUUCCAUGACUAAAUUGACAUGGGGGAAAAAGAUGCAUCUUUUUGAGAAAUGGGACCUCUCAGAAGAUCAGAUUCUUGAAGCUUUCGGGAAGAAUCCAUGGAUUAUGGCAUGUUCUGAGGAUAAAAUUCUACAGGGAAUGGACUUUUUUAUCAACAACUUCGGUUUCAAAUCUGCUGAUAUCUUGAGAAACCCAGUGAUGGUUAUGCUCAGUUUGAAGAAGAGGAUAAUUCCUAGAUGCUUUGUUUUUCAGACUUUGGCAGGAAAGGGUUUGUUAAAGAACGACCUAAAGCUACUUACUAGGAUGUUAGUUGCAUCAGAAGAAAGGUUUGUCAAUAAAUUUGUAAAAUGCUUUGAAGGGAAAGUACCUGACCUGCUGAAACUAUAUCAGACUUCUGGCAGCAAUGCUGAAGUUGACAUUGUGUGAUUGUUCAUGACUAGUUUUUUUUUAUUUGGCUUAAUUUAUUUCGUAAAGCCAUGUCUAGUUAUGCGUUGGUUAAGAUCAUUACUGAGAUUACAGUCUUCUGAGUUGUGAUUUUUUUCAACGAGGAGCUAAUGAUACAUAUACAUGUCCCUUCCGAAUGUCUACUUUAUUACAUCUAUGAUUAAGCAUCGAUGAGAAUAGUUAUUCUAUGUACUUCUCAAGAAACAUUACAUUUAUUAAUGAUUGAUGUGGUACUUGGAUCAGUUGGAUGCAUUAAUAAUUGUUAUUAGAAUGGUAAGCAUGAAG